GUACUGCUGCCUCUGACACUCGGGAAUAAGGUGAGAGAAAGCCCAGAGCGGGACUUCCUGGAUGCUCCCUUCUUUUGCCCCGCGGCUUUCCUAGACUGGCGCUUGGCCUUAGACUCCUCCUGGCUGUGCUCUCACAGGCGCUCAUUUGGCUGCUCGCCGGCUGAUCAUCCUUCGCUCCAGGCUCGCAGCGGAGGCAACAGUCUUCUGUCCGAUUUGGGCACGCGAGUGCUGCAAACCCAGUGAGCAGGUGAGCAUCAGACUGGGUGCCGGAAAAUAGGAAUGGGUUUCUGCCUGUCAGGAAAAUUGGAGGGAGUGCUAAGAUUUGAGCUGAGGGAAACUCGAACCGAGAUUUGGGGGGCGGGGCACGGAGCAAGAAACACGGGGAAUCUUAUACAAAGGUGGCCAGAGCGAGAGACAGAUUCCUGAGCUCAAAGGGAAACGGGGUUGAUUUGGAAGACAUAUGAAGAAGUGAGCACAGAGCAAGCAUGAGUAUGGGCAGUAAGAGCGAGAUGAAAAGGAGGAGAACAGUGGGUAUGAAGACCCCUCACAAAAAAGCUGCUGCAAAAGAGCAAAAGGGAGAAGCCAUAGGUCACCACAUUGGCUCUACAACCAUCAAGAAGAAAAAAGCUUCUCAGAAGAGGCAGAGGAGCAGAUCUUCAUCCCGGCCCCGAAGGAACAUCGUAGGCUGCAGAAUCUCUCACGGGUGGAAGGAGGGAGAUGAGCCAAUCACACAGUGGAAAGGAACUGUGCUGGAUCAGGUGCCUAUCAACCCCUCUCUCUACCUGGUGAAAUAUGAUGGGAUUGACUGUGUCUAUGGACUGGAACUUCACAGAGAUGAAAGGAUUUUAAAGCUUAAAAUCCUUCCAGAUAAGGUGUCCUUUUCUCGAGUCAGCGAUGUGCGCCUUGCUAAUACCAUAAUUGGCAAAGCAGUGGAACACAUGUUUGAGGGUGAGCAUGGCUCUAAGGAUGAAUGGAGGGGGAUGGUCCUGGCCCAAGCACCCAUCAUGAACGCCUGGUUUUAUAUUACUUAUGAGAAAGAUCCCGUAUUGUACAUGUAUCAGCUUCUGGAUGAUUAUAAAGAGGGCGACCUCCGUAUCAUGCCAGAGUCCAGUGCAUCUCCUCCAGCAGACAGGGAGCCAGAAGGAAUUGUAGAUGGCCUGAUAGGUAAACAUGUGGAAUACACCAAAGAAGACGGCUCCAAGAGGACAGGCAAGGUCAUUCACCAAGUUAAAGCCAAGCCCUCUGUGUACUUCAUCAAGUUUGACGAUGAUUUCCAUAUCUAUGUCUAUGACUUGGUGAAAAAGAACUCUUAGGGUCAGAUUUGCGUAGUGUGGGGAAGCAAAUGUGUACUUUGUAGAUGUGCAAAGAAUAUUAAUUUUUCAGUGUAUUAAAAGCCUGAGAGUUUCUGACAACUCAGAAUCUUUGCCAGCAUUGCUGUUGUUUUUGUUCUGGAAACUACCAAUCUGUGGACAUGACCUGUUAAAUGUAAAAACAUUGUCUUGUGUAAGAGAUGAGUAUGUUUGGUGGAAGGGAUAUGAAGAACAGCUGUCAAUUUAACCUGUGAAUAAAGUACCAUUAUUAUUAUAAU